AUGAGACCUAACGACCAACAGUCCCCCUUUUCUGUCGCUAUCGUUGGCGGAGGCAUUGUAGGCUUCAUUCUUGCAGCUGGGCUUCACAAGCGCAACAUCAAAGUCCACGUAUAUGAGCAGUCGGGUGGCCCACGUGAGAUUGGGGCUGGUGUGGCUUUCACAGGUGCUGGCCAAAGGUGUAUGCGUAUGAUCGACCCGGCCGUUCUCAAAGCCCUUUAUAGCAGUGGCUCUGUGCCACUCAGUGACUGUGGCGGUCAUGAUUUUCUGCGUUGGGUCGACGGAUAUGAACAGCCUAAGCCAGACGAUCCUUACUAUGAGACACCUCUCUGUGUACUUGAUGCUGGGCCGAGGGGCUUUGAGGGUGUUAGAAGAGACGUACUGCUUGAGUCUCUGGUCAAGCUUCUGCCACCUGAUGUGGUCUCCUGGAGAAAACGACUUGUCAAUAUUGAAGAACCAGGACCAGAAACGAAGCUGGUACUCAAAUUUACCGAUGGGGAAGAGGCUUACGCUGAUGCGGUUGUCGGUUGUGAUGGGAUUAAAUCCCGCGUCCGCGAGUUGAUCUUGGGAGAAGGAAACCCUGCCUCCUACCCGCAUUUCGCGCACAAAGUUGCGUACCGCUGUCUCUUACCUUACGAAGCCUGUCACAAAGUUCUUGGCGACUGGAAAGGGCGUAAUUUUCAUAUGCAUAUCGGUCCUAAGGCCCACAUUCUUCAUUACCCUAUCGCCAACAAGACACAGAUGAAUUUUGUGGCCUUUCUUAGUGAUGAUAGCGAAUGGUCUGAUUGGCAACACAUGGUGAGUACAGGCUCACGCAAGGAUGUCGAAAAGGCUUUAGAUGGCUGGAACCAGACCGUCCAAGACCUUGUGGCUCUGCUGCCUGACGACAUGAUGAAGUGGGCGCUGUUCGAUUCCUGGGACUAUCCUGCACCUUAUUACAACAAGGGUAGAAUUGUUUUGGCUGGCGAUGCUGCACACGCAAGCACUCCCCACCACGGUACUGGGGCAAGCUGCGGCAUCGAGGACGCCCUGUGUCUGAGUACUCUCCUUGAACAAGUGGUCAAAACGGUCAAUAGUAAUGGUGCCUCGACCAAACACAAGGCACUGGAAACAGCAUUCAAGGUUUUUGACGAGAAGAGACGUACUAGAACACAGUGGUUGGUCAAUAGUAGCCGCAGGGUUGUUGACCUCUUCCACCAGGAGGAUUGGGCUAUCCCCGAGAAAAGAGUCAAAGCUGAGACGUGUUUUGAGGAAGUGAAAGAUAGGUCGCACAAGUUAUGGCACUUUGACCCCGAGGAUAUGGUCAAGACAAGCAUUAAGGACUAUAACAAAAAUAUGAAUGCUAAUGAAUAG